UGUUGACGUCACAUAUCCGGAAACAACACUAUUGAGCAUGGAUUCUAACGAAGAGGUGAUAUUUGAGGAUUACCUCUACAAGCUAAGUGAACCCAAACAUGGAAAGUUACAUUUGUUGGGUAAAUCAAAAUGGAAACAAAAAUAUUUCCAAGUUAAGAGAGUUGGAGAAAAACCUGCAUUGGAUUAUUUUAACAAGAAACCAAAGACAAACAGCACAACUCCCAAAGGGCGAAUAUGGCUGCAUCCCUCAUUCAGGAUCGAGAAGCUGCCGAAUACCAAAAACCGAGCUUUUGUGUUUGAAUUGACAACACCAGAAAAUCAACUAUGUUUGUCGGCAGAGGAACAGAAAGCCAUGGACAUGUUUGUCUUCAUUCUCCAGAUACAAGCCAGGCUGCUGGAAAACAUCAAAGAUGAUAUGAUUUUGGUCCAGCCAGAAAACUCCGAGGCGAUGCGACGGAUGGGAGCGGUCAGCACAACCUGCAUCUUGCAUGCCUCCCCAUGGGGCAUGACUCUUGCAUUAAAGCAAUCAAGAUGUAUCGUAGCGCAGUGGCCGAUCAAGAGCAUCCGAUGUUACGAGUCGUCUGGGCGGGGCCUCCUCACCCUGGAAGCGGGGCGUGUGGCACCCAUGGGGGAGGGCAUCUACAUGUUCCAGACCCAGCCGGGGGACGACAGCAGCAUGUACGAUCUACUCGAUAGAUACAUCAUGGAGACACUCGACAGGUCAAAGAUAACGCGACGAGGCACUGACCAGGAGAUAGAGGACUACUUGCAGGAGUUUGACCGUAUGCAUACGCUGACCACGAUCAGGCCCUGCAAGCUGACAACCCCUGGGGUCCCACGUAUCCUGCUUGAUAACUGGAAUUAUACCAUGACAGGAGUGAGGAUCGAGCCCAACAACAACCCCAUCAUGAAUGGUGGCAUCUCCCACCAUGCUCAAGACUCCAGUAUUUCAUUAUCGUCUCUAGUGUCACGACAAUCAACCGGCUCAACAUCAAAACAGUCUCCACCACUAAGCUCACAGAUGAGACAAAACACUCCGACCUCAGCUGUCUCUGGUGAGCCCCGACUGACAGGACGACCCCCGGCCCCUCCCCCCAGACCCGUGAAGAUCCCUCACACAAACGGAGCUCUUGGACGGCCUGUCCCCAGACCGAGGGGCGCCAACUCCCAAACGCCUACAGAAGGAUACAUGGGCAUGACGUCCCCUAGUCCAUCAAAAUCAUUUGGCUCAAAUCCUCUUUCUCCAAAGUCUCCUGGAAUUCAUGAAUGGGAUCCACCACCCUCGUUUAAUGAUGCAUUGAGCUUCUCAAGCCCAAGGCUAAGGCAAGAUUCUGAUUAUUUGAGCCCAGUGGCAAAUGACACUCUGAAUGCAGAAACCAGUUUCAGAUCUGAAAUUAGUCCAAGGGUCAGUGGAUUGAGCACGGCCGGAUCUGAAACCAGUUACCGGAGUUCUGAUACCAGUUUCAAAGACUCCUAUACCAGCAGCCGGUCAUACUACCUGUCGGCAGUGGCAGGGGACAGUUACCACUCAGCUCCGGCGUCUGGCUUUGACCAGUCGCAGUACGACAAUGAAAACGUGAACUCCAAAAUGACAGACCAGGAAGUGAAAGAUAUGAAGCAAGCAUCGGCUAGCUGUGAAGACCUCAGCGAUCACAUGAAGAUGCAGUUGUAUUAUAACGAUGGGUCGGAUGAUGAGGAGAACAGAGGCAAUGAGGUGGAUGAAAACAUGAAUCAUGACAAACCGCCCAUGCCGUUUACGAGACUGCAGGCAUUUCGCAACAGCGCUGACUGGGACGCGAGAGACCGCAGCAAGUCUGUGGACUAUUAUAAUGUCCUGCGACCUGGGGUACUGGUCGACCGGAGUCCGAGCCCCAGUGUUCGCCGCAUCCGACGUCUGAUGGGCAAGGGCAACCAUGAGACACUACGCAAAUCUGUGUCCAAUCCAAAUUUUCUUAAUGUGGCCAGCAAGGAGGUUCACAACUAUAUGAAGUCAAAUGGUUAUAAACCGUCAUCUAGUCAUAAUUCGCCUAACCUUGAAAGACAGUCUCGUAGCAAAAGUCGUUCAUUGGUUGAUCUUCUUCCGGGCGCAAUCAGACGACAUUUUAGUCACGAAAACCUUCAUCGUUCACGUAACGCAACUCCUGUGCAUAGUCGGAGUACGACUCCAGAACGCAAUAACUCCAAACAUGUUCGAGGAAAUAGUUUUGAAAAUUCGGGUAAACCAGUUCUUAAUCGGCAAGAGAGUGCCAAGUCUUUUGAAGCCUCGGUUAAAAACAUUAAAGUAACAGACAGAACAAGGUCGUUCAGGAAGGUGAAAAGUAUUGAAAAUGAGAAUGCUACAAAUAAAGACAGUGCUUCAGAGAAAUUACCCAUGCGUGAAUUUUCUCGUAGAAAACCAGCCCAAGUUUCUCCCCAGGAGCAGGUGCAGAGACAGACAUCCCAUAAUUCCCAGCAUCGCCAUAGUGACAAUGGACCCCUUGUACAGACUGUGUCGAGCUCUUCCAGGAGAAAUCAAAACAUGGCGUAUGUGCCUGUUCACCAGUUUAACCCAAUAUUCAGAAAUGGUAGUCAGUCGAGUGCGUAACCAUGACAACCAUUUUGUAUUCAGACUGAUCUGUACAAACGCUGCUUAAUAAUUAUGAUCUGUGCUACAAGUUUAUAUCUCUGUAUAUUUAUGUUUGUAAAUCUUUAUGACAAUUUCAGUAUUGGAAAAAUCUGCUGACAAUUUUGUACACCAUAUGGCACAAUAUUUUUUUAUGUGACUUUUAUAUUGUAUAUUUACAUCAUCAUAAUGAAAGGUUUUCUAAUCUAGGAUCUCAACUGUAAAGCAUGUUAUAUUGCUUCAUUUGUGAGAGAUUUUUGAUAAUGAUGUACAAGAACCAACAUUAUGUUCUUUAUUUGCAUCUUAAUAUUGAAUAUUAAUAUUUGGGUGAGAUUAUUAAAUACGUUUUCUGGUUGUCACUUAUGCGGCUGUUUGAUAGGCUUUAGACGUUAUGGGUUAUUAGCUUAUAGAGGACAACUUCAUCAUUCUGAAUGUGUAAGGGCUGUUGUCCAAUGGGGGCCCUGUCAUCUGAGGCGCCACAAUUCUCUGUGCAGGGUUGUGUCCCUUGGCCACACCAGGAAACUAUUUUUUAUUGGUUUGAGCCCGGUUCGUCCCGAUUAUGUUUCUAGGUAUGUCAGUACCGUACCCAUGCUCGUGGGUCUGAGACCUGCACCACUUCAGGCUUUCCUCCCACAUUAACUGGAAUACUGUUGACAGCAGCGUUAUUCCCAACUCACUAACUCACUCUUGUCCAAGGAGAAGCCCCAUGUUUGUACUGCACAGGCAUGUGUGGUGUGUGCUGCAAGGGUGUUUUAUACAAAAUGGGAUGUUUGUGAUACUGAACAUGGGAAAUGCAUUAUCACCGUGAUUAAAUCUUUAAAAAAAACAUUUAUAAGUCGGAUUGCCCCUUGUACAGACUUCAGGAAGUCAUGGUGUUUAUUUGCUUGUCACGUCAGAACUGAUCCUGUUUGCAGUUAACAAGAUAGAUCUUACGUUGUCACACAAACAUAUUUAACCAAAUAUCUCUCUAAUUUAAAAACAUGUCACAACAAAUGUGUUACAUUUGUCACAAAAUUUUUGUUGAUGAUAUAAUAAUCCCAUCGAUUUGUGUAACUGAACUUUUCAACACAGUGUAAAAUUAUUUUGACAGUGCAAUAUUUGUCGUGAAUAGAUAUAAAACAAGUUUCGGUGUCAUGGUGUACGAGGUCAUUCUGUUCCUGAAAUCCUCUACAAAGUGUCACAGGGGACUCCUUAUGAGAAUAUAAAAGCAAAGUCCUGAUUUAAACCAUGUAUCUAUAACAGUUCAAAGUGUGAUCGAACCUCUUCAUAUUGUGAAGGGCAUAUGAUAAACAUGGGAUAUUGACCCACAUACAGCUAAGUGUUUCACAAUGAAGAAGGGGCAGUCGGGUAGCCUAGUGGUUAAAACGUUCGCUCGUCACGCGAAAGACCCACACCGAAGACCCGGGUUCGAUUCCCGACAUGGGUACAAUGUGUGAAGCCCAUUUCUGGUGUCCCCCGCCAUGAUAUUGCUGGAAUACUGCUAAAAGCAGCGUAAAACCAUACUCACUCACUCACUCGCAAUGAAGAAGUUGUAAGCCUCACCUUUUAAGAGCAGAAACUAUACGAUUGAUAUCAAUAUCAAUAUUCAUUUUCAUCAGUUGUAUUAACGUAUCAUAGUGGAAACUAUAAAUACAUGUGUUUUUUAUGUUUUCAUAAUGUUUAGCUUCUAUUACUUUUAAAGUGCAGAUGAUAUCAUUAUUGGGCUUUUUUUUCAUGUGUGAAUGUUGUCAGAAUUAUUUUCAUAUUUGUUCCAUCAGUGUCCAAAUGUUCAGAUACAGAUCUUGAUAAUGAAAUGCAUCAGUUGGGGUGCCUCCUGAACACUUACUUGCCAACAUUGCUUGGUCAGCAUAAUAUAAAUAUGUUUGUUUUUCUACAGUUGAGAGUACAUGUGUACUCUAUGAUCCUCAUCAUGGUUGUGUGAAAACUGCUCAGGCCUUCUUGGAUUUUCUCAAAAGUUCAUGUGCAUUUAUUUUUGAAAAUGGUGUUGGUUCUUUUGAGAUGUACCCUCUGCAUCAGAUGUCUUCCAAAGUGAUGGUGGCCAGACUUCAAGGCAGCCUUGUGUUGUUGUGGUUGGGAUGUUGCUUGUGUUCUGACGUCUAGAUUACAGUAGACAGAGUUCUCUGAAGAGGGUACUCCCACAGUACAAGAAUGUUCAUUUUCAAGUCUUUAGUUUUGGGUUUUGUUAGAGAUAUAGCUGGUGCUGACUAGCAGUGGGAUGAUACACUGAUGCAUUGGUGGAUCGCGAUAUUUUAUUUCUCGAUACAAGUGUCGAUCACAAUCGCACACAAAGUAAAAAGUAUCAAUUCUUACCUUCAAUGUAUUCUUCAAUAAAUGUUACACCAAACACUGAUUACUAGUGAAAUGAGUAGUGAAAACGUAAAUAUUUUCACCCAUUGCGCCAUACUUGACACUGCCUACUGUAAAUCGUUAGUGUGCCAGGUAUUUGUCUGUCCUGUCUAUGAAAAAGAUGGCUUACACACCACAGAUAAAAGCACAUGCAAGUAUCGUGAUACAUAUCGGAUCAUGCAGUUGGUGUAUCGUCCCAGCUCUAGUGCUGAAUAACAAUUUUUGCUGUAAAUUUGUUCUCAAACCUUGUAAAAUUUACUUAUAUAUGUCCCUCAAGUAAUCAAAUGUACGGCACAGACACAGAUGACCAAUCAGUAGAUCUUCUGCAUAUGUCUAUAUGUGAUUGGUCGAUCAGAGACUGUGUCAAUACGCAUGGUAUGCAGGUAUUGUUGCAAAGAUUGUAAGAUUUUUUUUUAAAUCAGUACAGAAUUAUAUGUAAAUCUGUACAUGGGUACUUGUAUCGUGUGUACAUCGGCUGUCAAUUUUCACAUCAAUACAUCAGUAAAAUAAGAAACAAAUUAUCAUGGAUGCUGAUUUUUUUGGGAAAUACACAUUUCAGCAUGCUACCAUGGUCAGCAGUCACUUGAUUUCAGAGUUACUUCCCUUGGUUACUUAAAUCAGCAGUGAAUUCCAAUUGGAGAUAUGUACCGGUACACUUAGAAAACAAGGACUUUUGGAUUAUUUCUCCUGAGUAAAUUACUGGUGUAAGUCCCACACCUUUAGAAAAUGUAGAAAAUGUGGGUUUCUUGAUCUCAAGAAGACAUCUACUCUGUCUGUCGGUUUCUGGAUUGACAUCACUCUAAAUCGUUUAUGACAUUGUGAACAAUGGAUGGCAAUGCGUUCAUGUUGGUGGGUCCUAGCCAAUCACCAUGAAGCAAACAUUGUGAUGUUCAGGGAGAAUUAUUGCAAACGAUUUCACCAAUGUCUCUGUCCCUGUGAGUAAUUCAGGGUUUUACCUGACGCAAAUGAUGACAUUGUGCUCAAAUAAUAUGCAUGGGACACAAUAAAAUAUUACUGUUUGAAAUUGUAUCAUGCAUGUUAGAUUUGACCGACGUUUCUAUUCUGAAUUGAGGGGCGGUCGGGUAGCCUAGUGGUUAAAGUGUCCGCCCGUCACGCCGAAGAACCGGGUUCGAUUCCCGACAUGGGUACAAUGUGUGAAGCCCAUUUCUGGUGUUCCCCGCCAUGAUAUUGCUG